GCGCAGCGCUCCCUCCGCCCGUCUCCUCCCCAUGGCGACAGCGGACGCCGCAUCCCCGGCUCCGACAGACGAGCAGCGCCCGGAGCGCUCCGACAGCAGCACCGGCACGGCGGCCGGCGGAGGAACGGCAGCAACAGCAUCAGCACGAGGAACGGCAUCAGGAGGAGGAGGAGGAGGAGGAGGAGGAGGAAGCGGCGGCUCGCUGGAGCUGGCGGCGGCGCGGCGGCGCCUGGUGGCUGCGGAGUGCCGGCGGAGAGCCGCGGCGGAGCUGGAGGGCCGCGUGGUUCAGGUGCACUGCGCGCUGCGGCACGCCGAGCUGCGCCUGGCCGCCCGAGCCGAGGCGCUGAGCCGGCUGGGGAGCGGCGUGGCACAGGCACAGCUGGCGCUGGCCGCUCAGGGGCAGCGUUUGCAGAAGGGGCUCCGCCGCCGCCCUCGUCCCCGACCCGGUGCUUUGCUUGCCGCGGCCCGAGCGCUCCGAAGCUGCGUGCCCUGGGCGACCGGGAGAUCGCGGCGUUCCUCCGUACACACGCCCAGCAGGAGGCUGCCCGCUGCGCCGCGCAGCCCCGCUUAGAAAAGAGGGGAGGUGGGUGGUUGGGUGGGGGGGAGUCGUGGGGGUGCUGAGGGCUUCGUGGGAACGCUGUGGGUUUGGGGAGCCGGAGGGAGCAGAGGGUGUGGAGGGGGUGUGAGAGGUGUCAUGGGAAUGCUGUGGGUUUGGGGGUCCUACGUGGCACAGGGGGAUGCAGGACUGUGAGGGUGACUGAUGGGUUGGGGUGCUGUGAGUUGGGGGGCUGUUAGGGGGAUUCUGUGGGUUUUGGGGUCUGACAAAGCUUGCUCCGGUGAGGGGACCCUGCGGGGUCAGGGGGAGUCCAUGGAGUGAGGAGGAAAUCCAGCGGGAUCUGGAGUCCUUAGGGGUGGUUUAAUGGGGAGGGGGCUGGGAUGCUUGGAGUUCCUUAAGGGGCUCAGUGGGAUUGGGGAGCUCCAGAGUACUUAGCAAGGUCUGGAACCUUGGGGUGCCCUGAAGGAUGAGGGUGAAGGGGUCCCUGGGGGACUCUGUGGGGUUUGGGAUGCUUGAAGGACACAGCAGGGUUUUGAUCCUUGAGUGCGUGGUGGGGAGGACCCAGCAGGUCUGGGAACUUCUGUGGGGUUGGGGGAUCCUGCAGGGCUGGGGGUUUCCCUGGAAGAUCACAAGGUCUGGAGGCAAUAAAGGGGAACCUGCUGUCGGCACCCUCUGGAAGCAGCAGCCGCAAUGGGGCUGUGCCCCUUCCCUCACAUCGGGACACGAGUGCUGACAUUGAGCCUGAGUGCAGCCCCAUGCAGAACUGAGGGGGUUGGGGGCCACCCCACAUCCGCCAGCCCCAGGUUGAGCUUCAGACUGUGCAUCCUGGGAGGGCAGGGAGCAAAGAGGACCGGUCCUUACUGCAACGCUGACCCUACGUGGAUCCUGCAGGGCUCAGCAGGACGGCUGGGGCUGCUCUGGUUGCCAUCAGGCAGAUAAUGCUCAGAACUGGAAGCGUGGGGACACACUGAGCCAGCAUCCUUCAGGCACCCCAAUGUCACCCUGCGGCAGAGUCCAUCCUUGCAAGCUCCGAGGAGGCUCGGAGUUGAGCUCAGGGCUGAGCAGAAGGCUUCUACAGGACCACUGAACCCCCCCUGCACCCCUCCAGCCCUGAGCCAGCCUUGGGAUGGAGGGUUGGGACACAGCAGCACCGUCUCCAUCCUGCUGGGAUCGCUGCCAGCUGCAGCCCAGGCUCCUGCUUCACCGCACCGCGCUUCGUUCUGCUGCAGCUUUCCUCAGAGGCUGCGUGAAUCCUGCUGGAAGAAUCACAGCUCAGCUUUUGUGUUGCUUUUUUUUUUUUUUUUAAUUUAAAGAAUAAAAAAACCCCUCUGUUUUGAGGGGUCGGGGGGAUGGGGGAGGGUCUCACUGACUCAUGAAUGUACCUUCCUGUGACACAGCAGGUCUGUUGUGUGCGCUUUGCUCUGCGGGUGCUGCCCUGUCCCUGCCUGGCAGGGCGAUGCCAGAAGUAAACUUUGAUAUAUUCCACUCAUUCCGAGCUGUGUCUUGAUGUGAUCAGAGCAGGGAUGAGCAAACGAGCUCCAAUAACACCUCGCAAUCAAACCCGUGCUAUCAGAUGGGCUCCUGUGCGUGUGCUGCUCCUUUUGCAUCUCACCCUCCCCUGCUGGAUGCUCCCUGCUUUCUGCCCUCCCGUGCUCAGCCCUAAUCCUGCACACCCCACAGAGGGACAGGGGCUGCUGCUGGAGCAGCUUAUGGGGCUCAGCCUGGAGAAGGGAUGCGUUAUCUGUGCCAGGCUUUCAAUUAAUAAUAUGAAAUGCACAGCUUGGGCUUAAUUCUCUUGGUUGGU